UCUGGAUGGAGACUGGAACUUCGUGCAAUGUCUACAUACAAUCUCCUCUGUAACGUGUCGGGUCCUCAGGCAGCAACAAGGGUAAUAAACCUGGUCGUGCAUACCAACAGCGUGAGCGCGCCAUAAUGUGGUAGAUGACUCUGCGCUGUCCAACGACCACACCGCUCCGACGGACAACUUGAACUCCACUAAAGAGAUUCUCAAUAUGCUGAAUCUUCACAUCUCGUCGUCUGCCUUUAAGUUCAUCCCUUCAAGACAUAACAAUUUUCUGGCGCCCAGGCCGAACCAGCGGACUUGAACUUUCAGUCUUGCUUUUCUAUGCGACCUUUUAAAAUCUGCUCUCUCCGCUCGGCAUUUGGUUUGUCAUCGGGCCCAAGACUGUACAGGUGUAUUUCCAUAACCACAUCCUCGGGCAUUUCGUCAAGAAGGAGAAAAAUCACAACAAAAUCUACUUCUACUUCUUCGAUCGUCAGAAUGGAGACCAUCAUCAAUAACAGUCGACAGCUUUCAUCACUGCCAUACACGAACUGCAAAACGCGCAUUGUGAGCCUGAAGGAGCUCGACCUUCCCGAGACCGCAUCGGACGAAGAAUAUCGAGAAAUUUACCAUCGGUACAUCCAGUCCGCCGAGACGAACGCCAACGCAGCCCUCUUACGCGACGCCGUCGAAUCGAUUCGCCAUGGCCUCGCUCCUCCGGUCGCAUUCCCCACAGAGACAGUAUACGGGCUCGGGGCAGACGCGACCAACGAGGCUGCCAUUCAGGGGAUAUUCGCAGCCAAAGGCCGGCCCAGCGACAACCCACUGAUCGUGCACGCCGCAUCAGUCGCACACCUGGAACGACUGACGGGCGAACGACUACCUGAAAUCUAUCGUUCGCUAGCACAACGAUUCUGGCCGGGUCCAUUGACCAUUUUGUUGCCCGUGCCGCAACACUCACAAUCACCAUCCUCGUGGCCACGGUUCGCCAAAAACGUACAUCCGGGACAAUCAACAAUCGGAUUCCGCAUCCCCUCGUCCAAAUAUGCACGGUUCUUCAUCGCCGCCACGGACCGGCCUAUCGCGGGCCCGUCGGCAAACUCGUCGGGCAAGCCGUCGCCCACAACCGCACAGCACGUGUUUGACGAUCUCAAGGGUAAAAUCAAUUUCAUUCUCGACGCGGGACAUUGUGAUGUCGGUGUCGAAAGUACGGUGGUGGACGGUCUACAUGACCCGCCUUUGAUUCUGAGGCCGGGAGGCGUGUCGCUGGCCGAAUUCGUCGCUCAUGGGCGUGAGCAAGGGAAUCGGUUUGCAUAUACUGCGAUAGGAUAUAAACGGCACAAACGUACGGGUACUCCUGGACAACAACAGUCAUUGUCGCCCUCACCAAAUUCCGCAUCGCCGUCAGCGUCGACGUCGUCAUCAACCACGUCCACUGCGUCGGAAUCGUCACCAGCACAACAACAAGACACAACCAAUCACUACCUCCUAAACGACGACGACGACACCGAAGCACCACGCGCCCCAGGCAUGAAAUACCGCCACUACGCCCCCAAAGGACGACUAAUUUUAUUUUCUGAACCAGCCGUCCGCGCAGGAAAAGUGCAGACCAAAUUCGACGAGCUUCUUGCAGAGACUACUACCGCCGCGGCCCAAGAAACUGGCGAAAAGAACAUCAACAUCGGUAUAAUCUCGUGUCAUUGGGCCUCUUUUGCCGGUUUAGCGGGUCUAUCGUCUCCAGCUCAGUCUUCUUCUUCUUCUGUGGUUUCAAACUCCAUCUACGCACCCCUCACGUCAAUAGCGACAUUGACUGAGACCAACAACAAUGUGAAAGUCACAGUCUACGAUGUCCGCAUUGGCUCGGACAUCAAAAAUCUUGCACACUCCUUGUUCGGGGUGUUGCGACUCUUUGACGAUUUGGAUUGUAGAUUCAUUUUCGCCGAGACUGUACAGCAGCAGCAGCAGAGCGGCCUCGAUGGCAGAAAUGGCAGUGGAAACGACUCGACUUCUACUAGCACUACUAGUUGUACACGAGACAUCUACGACGCAGUCAUUGAUCGGAUUGAAAAAGCUGCGGCCGAGAGGGUGGAUUAGAUUAAGCUUAGAUUAGACUGAGCCUUCUAUCUAUGUACAGUAUCUAUGUAUGAUAUCUGUUGGUUACUUUGCAGUUUUUCCAAGGUUCCAAUUAACUACUAGUCAGUAGUAGUGUAAUGCUAGACACGACGAUGCCGACUGUUCUCGCAAUCACAACUUUUUCUUUGGUUUGCCG